AAAGAUCAAGUGGAGUAGGCGGAGCUGUUGCUAGGCAACAGUUCUCAUGGUAACGUCAGAAGAAAACAAAUUGUGCUCCUGUAGUUGUGUCUAUCCGCAGAGCUUUAAUUCAUACAUUGGUUUUUAGUAUUUUUUUUAGUUUUGAGUAUUUUGUAAGUUUGUAUUUAGUUUCGUGUUAAAGUCACAAUGUCGAGUGUAAUUCAUCCUCCUGAGACCUUUUAUUACCUGAUACCCAGAGAGGAGACCAACAGAGAAAAAGCUCCCAGAUACACGUCACAGUUCAAAGAGCAGGUAAAACAGGAGCAGCAGCAGAACAAAGGCUCCAACAGGACCAUGGGUCCAGCUAAAGUGGAAGUGCCUUCUCCAGAAAAGUUCCUGCAGAAACACUCCAAGGAGCCCAAACUUCCUGAGAAAAAGCCGUUCUUGUACAGAGACGAGGUUCAGCCCAGGAAGCCUCCCGUCCCGCCCAGAACCGAGGCCCCACCUGCCGGAGUCCACACCAAACGAGACUUUGUGAGAAGCAAUGCUGUGGAGAACAGGAUGGCGGUUCCACGUAAACCUCAACCUGCAUACGUCCGCACCAAACAUGGAGACAAGGAGCUGCUGGAGAACUCAGGCCUCGUCCCAAAGUAUAUCAAGAAAACGGAUUACGGUCAGAUCCCAGAGUACCUGAGUCAGAGGCAGGAGGAGGUGAGGAGAGCACAGGAGGAGUACAAUCGCUACAUGAAGGAGAGGAUGAAGGAGGGAGCCAUGAAACAGCUCUGUGAGGAAGAACGACAGGAUAUACUGCAUGGUCUAAAGCAGAACUGGGAUGAGCUUCAUCAUCAGUAUCAGGGUCUGUCACUGAUCACCGACACCAAGUCUAAGAAAUGCAGGAAGGAGAGACUGGAGUCAGAGAUGAAGCAGCUGGAGAAAGACAUGGAGCUGAUCGAGAGAUACAAAACCAUCUACAUCACCAACAACUAAUCACACACACACACACACACACACACACACACACACACACACACACACACACACACACACC